AUGCAGGGGGGACGUAGCAUCGUAUCUUCGCGUAUGUUUGCUCGGGAUGACAGGCCUGUGCCGAACAUUGUAGCGAUCUACGAAAGGCCGCGACAUAAGGUUCGGCGUGAUGCAACCCAUAUUUUAGGCGGAAUGUUUGGCUGGAAUACCCCUGAGGAAGUGGCACGCGCACUUGGCUGCGACGAUCUUCCGGCCGAGGAGUCAACACCCACUGUACCAAGUAUACCCGAACCUCACUCUGCUGAUGCCCCUCUCUCAGCCUCACCACAGCAAUGUGCAAAGCGGUCCAGUAAACGAACUAAACGCCGGACACUCGUUCCACUAGUUGAAAUGGGCGUCAGUAUUCUCAGCCUGUCGCUUCAGGAACGAAUGAGGCGCCAGCAAGGGGGGGAUGAGCGAGAGGAUCAUGGCCCUGUUUCCACAUUGGUCAAACGCUCAACAGCCUCUGUGGAUGCUAUUGUGACGUCUGCUGACUCCACCACCACGACGAAGAAGAUCAAGGCCACAGCCCUGGGAGACGUUCCAACCACAAAGAAACUGCGGCUUACUAUCAGUGCUGCUCCUCCUACUGCGGCUUCUGUAUCCACUCCUUCACUCCAGCUCCUCUCUCCUCCCGAUACGUCUUCUAAUGCAUCCAAAGCUCCCGCCGACGAACGUUACAUAGCCCCUGUAUCUCUAUCAGUCCUCAGCACAGGUCAACUCCCUAUGCCAAAUUUCGAGCUUGAUUUGUCAAAUCUUCCUGGUUUCUCGUUUUCAACUCUCGACUCGAACUCUGAUUCAGAGUCAAGCUCAGUAUCGAGCUCAGAGUCAAGUUCCGAGUCAAGUUCCGAUUCCCCCGACCUUAGUUCAAGCACAAGUACACACUCAGCUCCCCAGAGCAAAGCUCAAGGCAAAGGAAAGAACACUGCCACGAGUGUGUCCAACACAAGCAGAACCACUACUCCUGUGGCUGGUGCUUCUCAAACUCGCAACCCCAGCACACCUCCUCGAAGGAAACGACAGGCGCACCAACCAGGUUGGGUUGGAUGGGUACAAACCGAAGAGUCCCCCGAUCAUUCACGCCUUAUUCGAUUAGACGACGUGCCAGUCAUUUUAGGUCGUAGAACCCGGUCUGGAAAGGAAUUUGCUGACCCUCCUCCCCUGCGACGCCGAUCAGCAGCCCCAAUCGAUCCUAAGCGACAUACGAGACCUUCAGUCAGUUCAGUGCGCACUGGUCAGAAAUCGAAGCAGCAAAGCGCGUGGCAAGAAACCCAGAAGUAUGGCGCGGUCGAAGCAUCCGUUGAUGGUAAAGGGGGCGAGGAACACCUGCGUGAAACGACUGAGCCCGGCCAAGACGAUAGUCAAUUAAAAGGUUCAAAGUCCCAGAAGCCUCAUACUCCAUCCGCGAAGCCAAAUGAAAAUAUGGCAGCGACAUUUACCAACUCUGUCGAUAUGAUAUCGACCCCGAAGCUCGAGCAAACGUCCCCUGGUGACUUAUCCAGAGUUAGCCAGUCGGCGCGGGGUGACCUUUCCCCUGAUACGAAAUCAAUCAAAGUCUUGGCCACCUCCCAAUCAAAUUCCAUUUCCAUCCCUGGCGUCCUCAAACUAACGCGCUCGGAUACGGUCAUAACUCCUACCGGAGCGCGGGCGAAUGCACCUGUGCAUAAGGACGCAAAUUCAACUAGAGAGAGCCCCAACAAGGUUUUUGGACCCGAAAAGUCUCAGACCUUGGCGGAUUUACCGGUACGGGAACUGCCUGGCUCAUCUACCGGGAAGGAUACUGUUCAGGGCAAUCCGGGGAGGACCCUUGGUAUCUCGCUCCGCCCUUGGAUCUUCAAACUCGUCUGCGCUGAUCAACAGCACCAAAUUGCCAUCUACCAAUUGCCUGCGGAUUCUUCUUCUAAGAGAUCACCCAUUUCAGUGAUCGCUUCUAGUUCUAGAAACAUCUCAAUAUCCAGCGUGAUAGAGAAGGCAUUGACGGCUCCUCGAAAUCCGGUCGAUAAACCAAAGAUGAGCAAGGUUGGGGGGAUGUGGAGCAAUGCUGUUAAGUCGAGUCCCAACUCAGGUGGAGUCAACGAUACGGUGUCAAAUGCCAAUUCCAGUACCACUCUCAAGUCACUUUCUUCCGCAUCCAAGACAACUAAACCUUUCCCCGUGCCUUCACGUAUGGAAAGGAACGAUCCAGAGUCCAAACAUUCACCUCUCACCCUCUUGGGUAAGCGCAAGGAUUCUUCCUCACCUCUUCCGAGCGGCCAGUCUUCUUCCUCGUCCCAAUCUCGAAUCAAGAAACGCAAAUUACUAUUGUCUUCGUCAGACGAGUCCGAAGGCCCGAGAUUUACCGCCUUCCAAUCGGAGAUGAAGAGAUGGAUACACGAAAAGAAAUCCGAAUGGAAGGAGAAGGAAAGGCAAAAGGAGAAGCAAAAAGAGAAGCAAAAGGAAAGGACUAGUGGUAGCGAGCUCCGUACCGCGAUUGCAGAGGGCAAACCAGUAUCAGAGGCCGUACGACACCGUUUAGCCGGAUCAUCAACUAGCACUAGAAUUGGUGAUGCGAAGUUAGCUCGCAAGAAAGCGUGGAGUACAGAAUGGGGAAUGGAUGUGGCCAAGGUCUCGGUUGCUGGUAAUAGCGAGAGGCGCACACAACCAAAGCCCACAGCGGAGGUGGAGAAAAGGGAGCCAACUGUUAAAGAUGCACGUGAGUUUGGUGCUGAUUGCAUUAAGCGUAAAUUGGACGUUGCUAGCGAACUUGCAAGGCCCAAACGAGCUGGGCAAUGA